CGCGUCGCCAGCCCCGGGGCGGAGCGGGGGGAGCCCCGCCGGGGCCGGGCCGGGGGCGGAGGCUGCGGGACUGGCGGCCCAUUUCCUCGGCGCGGCGGGACGAGGCACCGCCCAGAGCUGCUCGCCGGAGCGCAUUAGCUCUUCACAGGAGUCAAACGUACCCUGAGGAGCCACAAAAGAGGGAUCCUGCCCAGGAGCCAGCAUGGAGCAGAAGAUCAGCUCUUUCUUUAAUUCCAUCUUGGAACUUGUCCGCACCAAGCACAAGGAGGGCGUCUUCAACACCGUCUGCCUCGCCGUGUUGCUGGGCCUCCCCUUCGUCGUCCUCAUCGCGUCCAUCUUCAUCUGCUGCCACUGCUGCUUCUCCCACUGGCGGAGACGGAGCAGGGAGGGGCACAGCCCCAGCAGCAACGGGCAGCUGCAGGCCGAGAGGAACAAGAAAAAGAAGAAGAAGAAGAAGAAGGACGAGGAGGACCUGUGGAUCUCGGCACAGCCCAAGCUGCUCUUGCUGGACAAGAGGCCGUCUCUGCCUAUCUAGCGGCCAGCUCUGACACCGCCGGCCCUUCCAGCUGUGCUACGAGGAGAUGCCCGAACUGCUGCCACUUUAUGGUGACUUUGAAAAGAGGCUGAGCCCAGCAGUGGGGUGUCAGAGGGCUGGCACACAGCAAGGCAUGCAGGCAUGGGGUGAUGCCCCCGCCAGGGUGAAACCCUCUGCAAAGGACACGCAGCCUGCUGAGCCACCACGGGGCCGUGCUCACUCCCACCUUGGAGACACAAAGCAAGCGGAGUGCAGCAUUACAGUACAGCACGGACAUCCUGGCCCUCCAACCCCCAAACCAAAAGCAAUACAAGUAUCGCAGGAUGCGCUCAGCCCAGCCUCGGAAACCUCAAGUCCCAACCUGAGGCAGCAAAGCAGAAGGCCGUGCUACCACUCAGCCCAGAGGCAGGAAGGAGCCAGGAAGUUGCAAGACCGGCCCUUUUGCACCAGCACCUAAAAAGUCUUCCUUAAAAGACUUCUUCUGUACAGACUUGCUUUGAAAGAGCCCACCAUACUGCAGCAAAGGCUGCAUCACCUCUAUGCUACUGCAAGAGCAGAGACGCAAGCUGACGCUGUGUAACAGCUUAGCUAUGGCCAUUAGUGUUAUUUAUUGAAUGACUACUAAAGAGCAGGACCAAAGGACCCUCUGUUACAGGCUUGGCACACUGAAUUGCUAUUGGAGCAGCACUUUCCCAACACAGUCCCCCCCGUGCCACACACUGGGGGCACACACAACAGACCCCGCAAGCACGCACCACUGCCAGCUGCUGCAUGGCUGUCUGCACAGCUGGAUCUGGGACUUGGGAUGCGCUGCAGGAUACGUCCUGUUCUUCCUGCACAGCUGGACCCUGCACUCAUCUCCUUCCCCAUCCUCAUCUCUCCUCCUGGCAAAGCCACCAGCUCCUGGCAGUUCCUUGUGCCACCCAUCCCGGUUUGUGCAACUCCAGCAGGGUGGUGAUGCUGACAUCACGUCACGGGGCUUGGCUCCAUCGGGCUGCACUGGUGACAGCCUCAAGGCUCCUCAUCACACAGGGCUUUCAAUUGCCCCCAUCUGUGCCUUAUUUUCCACUUUGUGACCACUGAAAUAAGCGACUCCCUCCUCCUCCAAAACAGGAAGCGCCGUAUAACGGGAGAAAACUUUUCGGCUUUGCCACACGUAAUGCUGGAGAGAAACACCCGUCCUCCACCCAGGUACUUUUCCCCAGUUUUGGCCAAACCGUGCACGGAACCGCUGCAUCUCGAGACAAAAGCAAAGGAGAUGUGUGUGUCAGCGGGGUGACAGCCAUCCGAGCACGGAGGCAAGAGCAGCAUGGUACGGAAACACGGCUGCGCCCUGCCCCUGCACUGCCUCCCCACAACUGCACUUCAGUAUCAGCCUUCUCCUAAAGAGUCUAUGCAACAGGAGGAAAAA